AUGGAACGGUAUAUUGUCAACCUUUGCAAUUGCCGUGCAGGACAGGGGAUUCUGAUUCAGAAGGAGGCGGAAGUGACGAAGGCGAAGAAGGAGGAGGAGGAAGAGAGCAGUGCAGAAGAGGAGGAGGAGGAAGAAGAAGAAUCCUCCGGCAGCGAGGAGGAAUCCGAAGAGGACGGUAGCGACCAAGAGGAGGACAAGGAGACGGCCGCUGCUGGCGGGGAGAAGCCCCGCAAGCGCCAGAGGGACGACCAAGGGGGAUCUGCUCCGAGUAAAAAAGGCAAGGAUGGGGCAACGGGCAAGCCGCAAUCGAGCGAGGGGGCCGGGGCCGCAGCAAGCAAACAAGAGGACACAGUGCCACAACUGGUUAAGACUGGAUUCUUCUCGAAUGUGGAGUUUUCUACUCUCCCGUUGUCCAGCGGCAUGCUCUCCGCGCUUGCCAAGUUGAAGCUCGUGAUGACGACCAAAAUCCAGUCGGCGCUACCUUACGAGGAUGCCGCUCUGUCUCGGCUCUGUGUUGUUGUCGGUGCCGUUGUUCAGGCCCAAGCAAUCCCCCCUCUGCUUGCGGGAGAAGACAUGGUGGGUGCUGCCAAGACAGGAUCGGGGAAAACCCUAGCCUUCUUGGUGCCAGUACUGGAGUGUCUCCACAAAGUCAAGUGGUCUCACCGCAAUGGCACGGCGUGCAUCAUCAUCAGCCCCACGCGGGAGCUGUCACUCCAGACGUACGGAGUGCUGAGGGACGUUAUCGAAAACGGAAAUUUGAAGCAGACCCACGGCCUGCUUAUCGGCGGGGCUAAUCGCCGAGCUGAAGCUGAGCGGCUGGUGAAGGGAGUGAACGUCCUUGUGGUGACGCCCGGUCGUCUUCUCGACCAUCUGCAGAACACCAAGGGAUUCUUGUUCCGCAACAUGCAGAUGCUGGUCAUCGACGAGGCUGACCGCAUCUUGGAGCAAGGUUUCGAGGAGGAAAUGCACCAGAUCAUCAAGCUUUUGCCGAAGGAGAGACAAACUAUGUUGUUCAGCGCCACGCAGACCAAGAAGGUGGAGGACCUGGCCCGACUGUCGAUCCAGAACAAGCCUGUGUACGUGGGCGUGGACGACGCGGAGCAGGAGAGCACCGUUGACGGGCUCGAGCAGGGCUACGUCGUGUGCCCGAGCGAUAAGCGCUUCCUCCUCCUCUUCACCUUCCUCAAGAAGAACCGCAAAAAGAAGAUCAUGGUCUUCUUUUCGUCGUGCAACUCCGUCAAGUUCCACUCGGAGCUGCUCAACUAUAUCGACAUCCCCGUGAUGGAUAUCCACGGUCGGCAAAAGCAGCAGAAACGAACAACCUCCUUCUUUCAGUUCUGCAAGCAGGACACGGGGGUGCUGCUCUGCACAGACGUGGCCGCCCGUGGGCUGGACAUUCCGGCCGUGGACUGGAUCAUCCAGUUCGACCCUCCUGACCAGACCGCCGAGUACAUCCACAGGGUGGGACGAACCGCAAGGGGACAAAGCGGAAAGGGCAGAGCUCUGCUGUUUUUGCUGCCUGAAGAGGUGGGGUUCCUGCGAUAUCUCCGGACGGCCAAGGCCAAGCUGAACGAGUACGAGUUCCCGGUGAAGAAGGUGGCGAACGUUCAGUCGCAGCUCUCCCGUCUGAUCGAGAAGAACUACUACCUCAACAAGUCCGCCAGGGAGGCAUACCGGUCCUACCUGCUGGCGUACUCGUCACACUCUCUCAAAGACAUCUACGAUGUCCACGAGCUAGACUUACAAGCCGUGGCGAGGGCAUUCGGCUUCACCGUACCUCCAAGGGUGGACCUGAAGCUUAGUGCAAGAGGGCAGAAGGGUCGAGGAGGAGGCAAGGAGCGCGACCAAGGCCGAAGAAAAAUGGCUCUCGGGGGCGGCGGGCACUCUUUCAGUGCCACGAACCCUUACGGCCAGAAAGCACCAGGAGACAGGCGCCAGUUCACCCACUAGCCAUCUUGUCGCGUGAGAAAAACCGUGUGAAGGGCACGAAGA